GGUUCGAUUUGUUAAUUUGUUUUGCUCUCAACCUUUUUCUCUCUUUCAACAACGGACUCAUAUUUCUCCUGUGGAUUUAAUGAUCGUUGCUGAGGGUUUUGUAAAACCCCAGAGUCGGUUACCAUUACAGAAUUGAUCGACGGCCUUGUUCGGAGCAAACAAAGAAGCUGCCGAGGCUCAGUUUUUCUCCGAUGGAGACAAUGUUGAAGCAGCUUCAUCACCCAAGGUCUUCAACAAAUUCAAGUCGAGGUUAGAAAUUCACUUCAUAGGCAUCAUAUUUUGCGAAUAAAAGCUUUCCUCCGAAGCAAUGGCCACGAAGAGUUUGGGGAAACUGAAAAUAUCCCAAUUUCUCAAACCUGUUUCUCUAUCAAACCCUAAUUUUCAAUUCAACGGGCCAUAUAAUCUUUUACACCAUAGGCUAUGUAGAACAGCGAGCACUGUCGAUUUUAAUAAAAUUGCAAAUCUCGGUGACCUAGCGAAGAAAUCACGUUUAGUAAGAUCAGAAGCUCAAGCUGCUUUGUUCGAUUAUUUCCAUACCGCUAGGGGUUUACAGAUUAUGGAUGCUGAGAAUAUGAGCAAGAACACCCCUGCAUUUUUCGAUAAUUUGGCUCAAAGAGUGGAUGUAUAUAACGACGAUGCUUGUCGAUCUGUUGCAAGAUUCUUGAGGUACAAUCCAGUUAAUGAGUUUGAGCCAUUCUUUGAGAGCAUAGGGUUGAAGCCCUUCGAAUACGUCUCAUUUCUUCCAAAGGAUACGAUCUAUUUAAACGAUGAUGAAUUGUUGUUGGAGAACUAUUCUGUAUUGUGUGAUUUCGGCAUUGCUCGAAAUUGGAUAGGGAGGAUUUACAAAGAUGCAAGAGAGGUUUUCAAAUAUGAAUCUGGAAUUUUAAGGUUAAAGCUUCAAUCUAUGGAGAAUUUGGGGCUGAAACAUUCUGUUCUUGCAAAGGUUGUUGCUUCGGCUCCUCGGAUUUUAACUAGUGGGGUUGGUUAUCCAUCAUUUGUUGAGACUCUUUCAGAGUUAAAGAAGGUCGGUAUCGAACAAGACUGGCUUGAGGAGCAUUUAUCUUUAGAGGAUUCCUACGAUUGGGAGUGUAUGCUUGAGCUCAUCUCAUCGUUAAGUCGGUUGGGUUUGAGUGAGGAUCGGAUAGGCGAAUUGUUAACUCGGCAUCCUCAUCUUUUGCUUGAGCAUUCCGGGCGUAUUACCUUCGCUUUGAUUGGAUUCUUGUUGAAAUUUGGAUCCACUUCGAGUGAUGUUCAAAAUGUGUUACUUAAAUUUUCGCAAAUUCCAGUUGUUAAAUUCGGCAAAAAUUUACAGAACUCUUACAGAUUUCUAACAGAGAUUGACAUGGCUGUGAAAGAUGUUGGAUGGGUUGUGCGUUCACACGCGACAUUAUUGGGGUGCCACGAACUCAAAAAAGCUAAUAGCUUGUUGGCCUUAUUGAACAGUGGAAAGAAUACACUUUGUCAAAUGAUCAAGAACGACCCGCGCGUGCUACAAAAAUGGAUCUAUGGCGUCAGGGUCGAGCCGUUGCACAAGGAAAAGAGGGUUUCGAGGGUAAGGAUGAUAAAAACAAAGUUCUUAUUAAGCAUAGGUUUUGUAGAAAACUCGGAGGAAAUGGAAAAGGCAUUUAGAGGUGUUCGAGGGAAAGUGGAAGAACUUCAAGAGAGGUUCGAUUAUUUAGUGAAUCUUGGUAUAAGUCACGAGGAAGUUGUAAAGAUGGUCAAAGUAGCUCCCCAAAUUCUGAACCAGUCCAAAGAUGUUGUCGAAACAAAGAUUGGGUUUUUUUUCAAAGAUUUGGGUUUGCAGGUCUCCGAUUUGGUCGGUCAUCCUAAACUUGUCUCGUAUACGAUCGAGAGGGUGAAACUUAGACUUGCAAUGUAUGAUUGGCUUAGAAAAGAAGAGGUUAGACAUACAAAUUUAUCCUUAUGCAGUUUGCUGACGUUAUCGGAUAAAGAAUUCGUGAAGCUGUAUGUGAAAUGCCAUCCUAAAGGGGUCGAACAUUGGGAGAAUCUGCAGAAAGAAAUAUAUUCUGAUCGACAUAAAUAGCUACUCAAUGGCUUUAGAAAUAGGCCCAAUAUUGGAAAAUUUGAGCUCAAGCGGCGUAAUCUGGAAUUCUGGAUAAGAUUGGCCUUCGAAUUUACAGUGAUGAUGAAUUCUUACCUAGGAAUGAUGUUUGGGGGGUGCAUAUACAUCAAAAAAAUCGACACCUUGUAUGUAUUGUCAUCGAGCUGAUGCUAUUAAGGAAUGAAGAAAACUCAAAUCACAGGUAAAAAGCAGAGUGAAUCUUGGCCUGCUGAGGGAAUGGACACAACACAACUUUAUUAUCAUUAUUUAUUUAUUUAUUUUGAUUUUUGUAUUUAUAUUUAUAUUUAUAUUGAGAUAGGGAGUAUUAGAGGUAGCAGACAAGUACAUAUUUUAUUUAAUUCCUACUGCUAUAUUUCUCUUCUUCAGCUGACUUUUUAUUUAUAGAGAAUACCAAAAAUGUUGUGAACAUAAAUCUAUUUAUGCUCCAGACAAACCAUCAUCUGUUCA